AUGGCAUCGAUUAGAUUAGAUGCAUCAAAGCAAUACUAUGCAACAAGCAGUCUUGUAGUGGGUUAUGCUCUGUGUUCGAGCUUGUUAGCAGUGAUAAACAAGUUUGCCAUUACCAAAUUUAAUUACCCUGGUCUUCUCACUGCACUACAGUACCUGACUUCAGCUCUAGGUGUUUGGGUUUUGGGCAAAGUAGGGUGUUUACACCAUGAUCCAUUCACAUUUGAAACUGCCAAGAAAUUCUUGCCCGCUGCCUUUGUUUUUUACCUAGCAAUCUUCACAAAUACCAAUCUUUUGCGUCACGCCAAUGUGGAUACAUUUAUAGUGUUCAGAUCAUUGACACCUUUAUUGGUUGCCAUUGCCGAUACUGCAUUCAGAAAGCAACCAUGUCCAUCCAAGUUUACGUUUUCGUCAUUGUUGAUUAUAUUGGGUGGGGCUGUUGGUUAUGUUGCCACUGAUUCAGGGUUUACACUGACUGCUUAUUCGUGGGCAUUUGCUUAUUUGGUGACAAUUACUACUGAGAUGGUUUAUAUUAAGCAUAUGGUGACCAAUCUUGGGUUGAAUACUUGGGGUUUUGUUUAUUACAACAAUUUGUUGUCGUUGAUGAUGGCUCCGGUUUUUUGGAUAAUUACGGGAGAGUAUGUUGAUGUGUUUUCUGCCGUGGGAUCAAGUUCCGGGAAUUUGUUUAACGUUGUUGCAUUCAUGGCAGUGUCAUUGUCUUGUGUGUUUGGGUUGCUUAUAAGUUUCUUUGGGUUUGCGGCGAGGAAGGCAAUCUCUGCCACUGCAUUUACAGUGACUGGUGUGGUUAAUAAAUUUUUGACGGUUGCAAUCAACGUGUUGAUUUGGGAUAAACAUGCUAGUCCUUUUGGUUUGGUUUGUCUUCUCUUAACGAUUGCGGGAGGUGUUCUUUAUCAGCAAUCGGUUACUGGAGGUGGCAAUCCUUCCCCACAGCGCGACACAGCAGCUAAGCAGUUGGACAGUAAAAUUGAUGACGAUGAGUAUGCAGAUGAGGAUGAAGAAAAGGGCAUAUCUGGUAAAAUUUCUGGUGUAUGA